AAUAGAGCAAACAGAGAAGCAAUGUUGCGGGGACGUGCCAUGGGAUGUGCCUUUCCCUGAAAGCGUGACUGACUCCGCCCUUUUUCCUGCGGGCGGUGGUAGAGGUAACAGAUCCUGACGGGGAAACACUCCUCGAUACAAGACUGGAGUGAACGCAUCAUCUGAGCUCAUCUGCUGCCUGGAUCGCACAGAGGAAAGUAUGUUGACUACCUGUACACAGAUUAGUCAGCACAGCCGCAUGAUGAUAAAACUGCAGAUUAAAGCAGCAGCAGUGUUUACAUGUGUACACUGAAUCUUAUUCACUUUUCCCUAGGUGCAUCCCCUGUGCUUUUCUGCUCAAAAUGAGCCAGGACAUUGCCAUCCACAGCUGGCCUGGCUCCUAUUACAUUAAUAGCGAGAAGCGGUGGGAGAAUGGAACCCUGUCACUUACUAGAACCAUGGUGCGCUUCGUCUCCAACCAGAGUAAGGAGAGUCUAGCCAGCUUCCGUCUGUCCCGAAUCAUGGAGAUCAAGAUGGAGUCAUCUAGUUUCACCUUCAGCACCCUCACAGUUCUUGAGGAGGGGAAUGUAAAGCACUGGUUUGGUUCCCUCAAGCCCAACAGGGUGGUGGUUUAUAAUGUGUUGGAGCAUUUCUGGAGGGAGCACCUUCUUUCUCCAACUUCAGAAGCUCGGGGUGCUGAAUGCCAGCCCUCCAAAGGUAGAGAGUUGACCAACCUAGUGGCAGGAGCGCAGAGAACUGAAGACACUGGCAGAGUGCUCAGUCACCAGGGAGAGCAGUUUGACAACAUGAUGCAAGGACUAGAGAAGACUGACUCUGAUUUGGGUGUUACUGAUAAACUUCUGUCAGAACUUGAGUCUCCCCCCUGGUGGCCUUUUGGCAAGCUUCCCUGGAAAAUUCAACAAGAGGCCAAGGCUGAAGAUGCUGCCAGAGCUGCAGCUACAGCUGCUGCCUCAGCAGCCAGGGGGUCCAGUAGAAAUAAGGUGAUUGUAAGCAUCCCAGCUGUGGUGUCCAAAGGUGGAGACUCAGACUUGAAGCCUGGUUGCUUACUGGUGCUGGUGUCCUCACUGGAAGUGCGAGACACAAAUUGCCAACUCCUUCACCGGUUUGAACGGAAUGAAGUUGAUGAAAUAAGGGUGCACAGUCCCUUUGAGAUUACAGUUAGACAGCGAUUUAUCGGGAAGCCAGAUAUCUGUUACAAGUUCCUGUCUGCUAAGAUGCCAGAGGCAGCGUCAGUGUUAGAGAUCCAGUACAAAAAGAAGGUCGAGUUCACAAAUGAAUACACAGCUUUCAAGGCAACUCCGCUUUCAUCUCCAUGUGACAAAGAAGGGACGAGCUUGAAUGAAGGUUUGCUGCAGAAGUGCCAAGAGACUGAGCUCCCAGUGGAGGUCGCAGCAGGAGAGCUGUCCCAGUUGCAGGUGCAAGUCCUCCAGCCAUCUGUCAGUCAAGCUGAGGCCCAGGAACUCAAGCAGAUGCUGAUGCAGCUGAAGAACCUUACGCUGGAUGCAGAGACGGAGCUGGAAAGGCAGGAUGAAGUUUUGGAUGUCUUGACCAGCUCGACGGACCGAGCCACCAUGAACAUAGAGAAGAACACAUGCCGCAUGAAUAGAAUAGAAAUACUUUAUUAA